CACACACGACACCUCUCUAGUCUCUUCACUUUAAAGCAUUGAUUACUUCCAAAAACACAAAAAAUAAAAAUAAAAAUCUCACACACUCUCUCGCUCUCACUCUCUCUCUCUAGAAAAACUUUCUCUCUCUUCUAAUCUAUGCCGCUUGGAGACACAGAAUCGGAAGCACGUUUCGGAAAUUCGGUGACGGUUUCGGAGGUUUCGGACAGUGUGAAAUAGAUAAAAAAGUGCUUGGAUUGUACGGAACUUUACUUCUUUGUCUUGAGUCGGUUAUGGCUGGGAACGAGAGCUUCGAAGCUCUCCGAGUAGAGAAUUCGAAGUCACAUGAAGUAGUAGUAGAAGAAGAAGAAGAAGAAGAGUACGAAGAAGAUCCAGAGGAGGCAGAAGUUGAAGAAUCAGAGGAGGAGGAGGAUGAAGAGGAUGAACCAGAGGGAGAGCCACUAGGUGAGUUGGAACUCAGUGAGUUACAGAGCUCAGCACCGCUCGGUGAACCUAAGUUGGGAGAUUCUCAAUUCGAAACCCUAGCGCCGUCUUCUUCGUCGCUUCAGUCAUCACUGAACGAUCACUGUGCUGUCUUGGCGGUGAAUUCUACUUCGCAGUCGCUUGGCGGAGCUGAAGUCCAGGAUCAAGUUGGGGUGUCCCCACAGGAAGCUUUGGCAAGUGCAACAGCCCAGCUUGUUGAUGCUCAGACACAAAAUCAGUAUCAGGUGGCUGUAUGUCCAACUUCUCCGUCUGAACUAUCACCAACUUCUGUUACACAAUCAAUUUCAUCUCUUCCAAGCCCAACUCUUCUAGAACGGAGACUUUCACCAGUGAAAGUCAAUGAUGAAUGCACACCAAAAUCAGACCUGCAAGUGUCUUCUGACUUGAAACCUAUGUCAAGUGUUCCUGUUGUGAAGACACCAUCUUCUGAUGGUUACAACUGGCGGAAAUAUGGUCAGAAGCAAGUGAAGAGUCCUAAAGGUUCUCGAAGCUAUUACAAAUGCACCUUUUCUGACUGUUCUGCAAAGAAAAUUGAAUGCUCUGAUCACUCAGGUAGGGUAAUAGAGAUUGUUUAUAAAAGCCAACAUAGUCAUGAUCCACCUCGGAAGUUUAACUGUACGAAAGAAAAUAAGCUUGCAUCGUCUACUGAGCUAGUUGUAGCAAAUAGUGUUACAGAGCAUCCCAUUCAAAUGCUUAAUAAAUCAGAGCCACCCACAGCUUCAAAAGAAACUAUAAAAGAAACGCCCUUGAUUUCUGAGAGAAAACGACAGAACUCUAGUGACUCCAAUGGGAAUUGUGAAACUAAGAUCAAGGAGGAGCAUGUCAACGAACCAGAGCCAAAAAGAAGAGUGAAGAAAAGCAACUUGGCGAAUUCAGGUUCUAUAAUAAAACCCGGCAAGAAACCUAAAUUUGUUGUGCAUGCAGCAGGAGAUGUGGGGAUUUCAGGUGAUGGAUACAGAUGGCGCAAGUAUGGACAGAAAAUGGUGAAGGGAAAUCCCCACCCCAGAAACUACUACAGAUGUACUUCGGCUGGAUGUCCUGUCCGUAAGCACAUUGAGACAGCCGUAGAUAAUGCAAGUGCUGUGAUUAUAACAUAUAAGGGGGUACAUGACCAUGACAUGCCUGUGCCAAAGAAGCGACAUGGCCCACCAAGCGCUCCUCUUGUAGCUGCUGCUGCUCCUGCUUCCAUGAACAAUUUGCAAUCUAAGAAAACUGACGCUUUACAGAACCAAGCAUCUUCUACCCAGUGGUCGGUGGAUACAGAGGGAGAAUUGACUGGUGAGGCCAUGGAACUUGGAGGUGAGAAAGCAAUUGAAUCAGCUCGCACGCUUCUUAGCAUUGGAUUUGAAAUCAAGCCUUGCUGAAUGCUCCUUUGCUGGAAGGCCCAAGGGAAUAAAAGAUGAUUGACCGAACUCUUUUUAAGGUCAUGUAGCUGUAACUAUAUAAGUGAUUGAUUUGGCAGGUUUGGUUUCCUUUUUCUUUUCUUCGUUCCUUAUUGUAGUUUGCUUCUUUUUUUUCUUUUUUUUUUCUUUUGGCCCCCCACUUUUUGCUGUAGUCUUUCAGUAAACAGUUGUGUAUAUCUGGUAUUUAUGCACCUUGUUUGGAACAGGCUUAAUAGUAGUGUAUCAAUAUAGAAGUAAUUGGCCCUUUUUUAGCAA